CCUAAACCCUAGCCGCCUCUUGCGUCCGCCGCCGUCGCACCAGCCGCAAGGACGGCGCCCAGCUCUGGCUGCCGUGGCCGUCCCAGGGCGCGCCUGCAAUUGGCGGGACACCGCUGCUGCCGUUCCAGGCGGGGCACCACAACGGGCUGCCACCGCCGCUGCUGCACCUGUAGCCGCCCCCAGCCGCAGCUCCCCUCUGGCCGCAGUGGCCCCCUACUGCCACCGCGGCUACCUCCGCGUCCGCCCACUCUCCAGAGCAGCCGCUGCAACUCCAGGCGCCACCUUUGCCCAGCUCCGGACUGCCGUCACCGGCCGGCCUACCGAUACACCAGGUCAGGUUCCCGCCCUCCCUGUCGCCACUACCAGCUUGGGCGGCUGGGUCUUCGCCAUCGCCGGUCUACACCACGGCUCCGGAGCAGCCGACCCCGUUUCCGCAGUCCGGCGGGCCAUCCGGCUCCGCGAGUCCCUACCCGGAGUACUCUGACCAGGCGCCACCCGCCUCGCUGCUCCGCACCUUCGAGCCAGCUCGACACGGCGCUCUGACCCAGACACCGCUGCGGUUUGCCAAGAUCGACUUCGCUACCUAUGACGGCAUGGAGGACCCCCUCAACUGGCUCAACCAGUGCAACCAGUUCUUUCGCGGGCAGCGCACCCUCGCCUCGGAGCGCACCUAGCUCGCCCCUUACCACCUCCGUGGCGCGGCAUAGACCUGGUACUACGCCCUCGAGCAGGACGAGGGCAGCAUGCCCCCUUGGGAGCGCUUCCGCGAGCUCUGCCUCCUUCGUUUUGGGCCCCCGAUCCGUGGGAGCCGCCUGGCGGAGCUAGGCUGCCUUCCCUUCACCUCCAUGGUUCAGGACUUCGCCGACCGUUUCCAGGCCCUGGCAUGCCACGCGUCGGGUGUGACGGCGCAGCAGCGGGCCGACCUCUUUGUCGGUGGACUUCCGGAUCACAUCCGCGUGGACGUGGAGCUUCGGGGACCCCAGGAUCUCCAGACGGCCAUGUACUACGCCCGCGCGUUCGAGCGCUGCGCGGUGGCCGUCCAGCAGGAGUCACCGUCCCGGGCCACUGGGUCGCUACCCUGGCCAGAUCCCGCUCAAGGUCGGCCUGCUCAGUCUUCCGCGGCACCCCUCUCCGCGACCGCGGCGCGCCCGUUCCGCCGGCUCACCUCGGUCGAGCUACUCGAGUGUCGCCGCCAAGGGUUGUGCUUCAACUGCGACGAGCCCUAUACGCCCGGCCACGCCCGCCCGCGACUCUUCUACCUGGAGGUUGCAGACUACAUUCCGGAGGACGCCGUCGCCGCCGACCUUGCCGCCCCAGCUGUCGCGAAGGUGUUUGACGCUGGUUGAUCACCUCGAGGAGUUUAGCAAGCGCUUCCCCACCUUACAGCUCGAGGACGAGCUGUUUGUGCAGGCGGGGAGAAGUGUUAUGACCAGCAUAUUAGGGCUUAGCCCAGUGGGUUAUGGCCCAAGUAUCUUAAAUCAUUAUUAAGGGCUUAGCCCAAUUAUCUUAUCGUAUUAGGAUCGUUUGCUUAGGAGUCAAGUAAACCUCUCUAUAUAAGGAGAGGAGAUGUAUCAAUCUAAUCAAGCAAGAAGCAAUCAGUAUUUGCUCGGCUUCCCUUAGGGAGCCGGGAGACCUAAACCCUAGCCGCCUCUUGCGUCCGCCGCCGUCGCACCAGCCGCAAGGACGGCGCCCAGCCGCCGGCCGCCGCGCAAUCUGCUCCGACCUCCUGCCUCCUUCCCUUACAGGCUACGCCCUAGACCGGGUAGAACCCUAGUUUCUACCAGUAGGGCUAUCUACUGUGCAACCCUGCUGGUUGAUGCAAACUAAGGAAAUGGAAUGAGCGGUGGGUUAUACUUGAUCCAGCUACUGGAAAGAUGGAAUACAAGGUUCGUAGAAGUGAUACAACUGUGAGGGGAAUAAUUGUGUUCGAUUCAACAAGCACCGUCACUUUGUCACCUACCAACUUUCAUGGACUGCCAAAAUAUGAAGGAUGUUGUUGUUAUAGAUAUUGGGACUCCACAGAAAAAGGAGUACUUUCUUUGUGCAGAAACUCCCAGCGCUGCAAGAGCAUGGGUAUCUACUUUACAUGCAACUCAGUUGGUCCUACAGGCUCAUAAACAGGCGGUGGAUUCAUUGGGUGGAAAUGGUUCUGCAAAAUUGGGAACAGUUGCUACUGUUGUGGCUGUGGCCAAUGCAACUGCGAUUGAAGCAUCCAAAGAGGUAGAAGCAGCGAUGAAGAUCUCCCUGCGGGCAGCUUUAGGCUCAACUACAAAUAAACUUAGUAAAGGUCAAUUAGAUGAUCUCACAAUCAUGAUGGAGACCCUUCGAGUUAAAGAUGAUGAACUGCACCAGCUAUUGCAGGAUAUCCGUGCACGGGAUUCCACCAUCAGGGAGAUUACAGAUAAAUUACAGGAGACUGCUGAGGCAGCUGAAUCUGCUGCUUCUGCUGCUCAUGCAAUUGAUGAAGCAAGAAGAUUUUUAUCUUCAGAACUUGAACGCCUGAAACAAGAUCAGGAAAAUCAAGUUGAAUUGUCCUUGCUUAGGCUAAGGGAAUCAGAAGAGAAGUCAAAGCUUCUUGCUGAAGAAAGAGAGCAUUUACUCAAGGAAAGAGAUUCUGCUCUUCAAGAAGCUCAGAUGUGGCGCUCUGAACUUGGAAAAGCUAGAGGAAAUGCUGUCAUUUUAGAAGCAGCUGUCGUGAGAGCUGAAGAGAAAGCUAGGGUUUCAGCAGCCGAUGCUGACAUGCGAAUAAAGGAAGCUGUGAGUAAGCUUGAGUCUGCUGCGAAAGAAAAAGAAGAACUCUUAGCUCUCCUGGAUGCUCUAAAAUCACAAAUACAAAGGCAAGAGACUAGCACAAAACAAAUCUGUGAGGAAAGGUCAGAGCUAUGCUCUACUUCAAAGCACAUGGACAUGGACGAAGAUAACGUGGAUAAGGCUUGUUUAAGCGAUACAGACCUGAUACCCAUUGCGGAGAACAUAGUCGAGUUGGAUGACGAGGGAGUCGAUAUACGUACGAUCGGGGAUACGGAGUGGGAAAAUCCUCAUUCCUCUGAAGUAUCUGAUGUAAGGGAGGUGACCACAGAAGCUGAAGAAAACAGCUUGGAUAUUCCUGUUGAUAGCCAGCCAGUUGCUGACGAUACUUUCCAAGGCUAGACUGGACUUUUCAUCUCGGUUCAUGGCGAACAUUCUUAUAAUCUUAUUCCGUUUUCGCAUUGACCCAGAGUUCCGUCACAGCUUUUGUUGCUCAUCUGUAAACCUGAGUGAAACAAGAAGAAGAGUUGGAUCAUCAAGUGUACCAUUGGCUAUCAUGUUGAACAGUUUACACCUACUGUUGUAAGGUUAGUCUUUUUUUUUUGAAGCUCUGCACUCCGGAAUUUAUUCAA